CAUAAAUUCAAAAUAAUGUAUCAUUAAUAUUAUUUUAUUUUAUUUUUUUUACCAUCUUAAUUAUUCUUAGUUCAUGUGCACGGUCCAUCACAAUUCUGUGGUUAUAAUCGUCAUUAGAUCUUUUGUGUAUUAUGAUCUAAGGUCAUUCGUCUUAUCGUUUCGAUGACUUAUCAAAUUAGUCGUCAAUCGUCCACUAGUCUUUCGUGAAUAUUUUAACUGCUAAAACUUUAACCAACUUUGUAUUGCUAUUCUCGCUUAACGUUUAAAAUAUAAUAUACGUAUAUUUAAUUAUUACUAAUAUACUGAUUAUCGUGACGGCAUUUUAAUUAUUAACGGAAUACAAACCCAACUUUUAUCAAGAUUCCAUACGAUUUAAAAUCGUUGAUUUUUUUUUGACUGAUAAAUAACAUUGGGUUCGUUUUAACCGAACUCGACCACCGGAAUUAUAAAUGCUCAUGGAUCAACAACCAAAUUCGUAUUUUUAUCAAGGCCUGUUAAGUUGUCCCGCCCACUUGUACGAGUAGAUAUCAAGAACAAUCCUAUGCCAUUUUUUUAUUAAAAAAAUUGCAACAUAGUUUGGUUAUAUGGAAAUGCUAUCAAAUGGAUAUAGAUGUAUCAAAAAAUGUUCCAAUGCAUUAAAGCAAUCCUUAUUUGAUUGGAUCCUUCAUAAAUUUAACAAUUUAUUGACCAGAACCAUGAGUGACAUCCCAACAGCAUCUACAUCGACAGCAUCAACAUCAUCAGCUUCUACUUCACAAAUCAUGCCCUAUACUUUCGACAAUUCAUGUUCAAUGCGAGAUUUAGAUUAUACAACUACUGAAGAAUCAGAAAUUUCGUCCGAUGAAGAAUCUGAAAUAAUUGAUGAUGAAUCAAGCUAUUCAAAUGAUGUUAUUUGCAAGUUGGAACCAAUAAUUGACGAUAACAUGGACGAUACAUCAUGGUCAUCUACAGCAUCAUCCAAUACAUCAUAUGGUGAUAAAUCGAGUUCUGAAAAUUCUGAAACGGAAUCAAUUUUAAAGGAGUUGAUUAGAGAGAGCUGGUCUCUUGAUAAAUCAACUACUAAUCAAGAAAAUACAGAGAGUUUAAUAUCACCAAUACUCAUACUAGUCCAGCAACCAUGUGAAACUGAAGGCCAGAUGAAUGAAAUUGGAAUCGACCUUAUUAACGUCGAAGAACAUGCAAAACGACUUAAAGAACUAGAAAAAGAAAUUGAUUUUAUAGAAUCGACAGAAUGGAUGUAUCGUCCAAUAGAUUCAUCUAUUAGAUAAUAAUAAUUCAUUUAAUAAUCAAAUUUGUUAUACAUAUGCACAUUCUUCUACUAAAAGACAAAAUUGUAUACAAAUUUUAAAUCUAAAAAAAUAUAAACAUA